GAAGGGGGCGGAAUGCGAGUUGUGGUCUCGUCGUCGCAAUCGCGUCAGUCACCUCGUGGCUCGCAUCGCCAUUGAUAUGCGACUGUGUGCGUGUUCGUCUUGUGUGGAAGAAGACGAGCAGAGGAGCUUCAAGGCUGGCUUCAAGCUUUUUUGUGGGCGAUGGCAGAAGACUCGCUGUCGGAGUUCACGCAUCGCGCCCAUGUAUUCUACUUUCGGGAUGCAUUGUUGGAGCAGCUGCCGUCCCCGUACGAACCCAACGACGUGAAUCGUCUUACGCUCGCUUACUUCGCCGUCUCUGCGCUUGAUCUCUUGAAUGCCCUGGACCAGGUUCCAGCAGUAGAUGUCAUUGACUGGGUUUACUCUCUCCAGGUGCUGCCUCUGUCGGCUGAUGAUCCUCGCAGCUCUGUGAUAAAUAAGGAGCCUGUUUUCGGGUUUCGAGGGUCUCCUUCUAUUGGCAUUCGUUUCUGCUCGAAUGGGACGCCACCAAUCUCGUAUGAUGGUGGCCACUUGGCGUCAACUUAUUCUGCGCUAUCUAUCUUGCGUAUCUUGGGGGAUGACCUAUCCUGUGUUGAACACGAAGCCGUUCUCAACACUGUCCGUGGUCUUCAGCAACCAGAUGGCAGCUUUUGUCCAGUGCAGUUGGGAGCAGAAAGGGACUUGAGGUUCACCUACUGUGCAGCUGCCAUCUGUUCAUUGCUCAAUAAUUGGAAAGGGAUGGAUGUGGAUAAGUCAGUGGCUUACAUCCUCAGCUGUCAGUCCUACGACGAUGGUUUUGGCAUGUACCCCGGUCUUGAGGCUCAUGGGGGUGGAACCUACUGUGCCCUUGCCAGUUUGAAGCUUAUGGGUCGGCUUCUCAAUGAUAAUCUUCAUGACCAGGGACUGAUAGCGGGUGUCUUAGACAGGACAGGCCUUGUAGGCUGGUGCGCCCGGAGACAGACCGACUGUGGAGGUUUUCAAGGAAGAGUGAACAAGCUAGCAGAUACAUGCUACGCAUUCUGGGUGGGGGGCUCAUUGAAGAUGCUUGGGAAAUACAAUUUAUGCGACGCCGCUAAAUUGAGGUCGUUUCUUUUCACUUGCCAAACAAAGUUUGGCGGCUUUAGUAAACUGCCACAUGGGUAUCCAGAUCUGCUGCACUCGUAUUAUGGCGUAUGCGCGUUUAGUUUACUUGAAGAAUCAGGCUUACAAUCCUUGUGUCCCGAGCUGGGGCUCUCCACAAGGGCUAGUUAUAAUUAGGCAUUAUUUCCUUUUAGCGCUGAAGCUCUUGUACAAAAGCGACCUAGACUCAAGUUGCUGUAAGUGGAAUUAAGGCAGGGAUUGCGUUCAUACAGGUGACCAAUCUUGCAAUUUCAACAAGCGACUUCGCUCCCUGACGCUCUGCUGUUGCAUAGUUUACAUGCAGCAAAAAAACUAGUGUGUUUCGGUACAGAAUUCGCAACCAGCACCAAGAUUUCACAUCA